CACCACCACCACCACCAUCACCUCACUUGCAUAAAACAUUUGGAUUCGGAAUCCAUUGUCGGCUCACUUACAACAACUGUGUGUGUGUGUGUGUGUAUCUGUAUGUCGCGCUGUUUUUUAUGUUCAUUCGUUUCAUAUCAUCAUCAUCUCUCAAUAUACUUGUCCCUCAGCAAAGAAAAACCAGUAUCCUUAAAGCCGAUAUCACAAAUCUUAAGUUGUCGUUGGAAAAACUAAUCCAUUUUGGAUCUCUGGUUCAUCAAUUAAUCAAUUGGAUUUGGAAUCAUCAUAUUCUUUUAACAUUUUCAUCGUUUCGAUCUAUUUGCAUUUUCUUCCAAUCAAUUUUCGAAGAUUCUUGUCAUUUCAACAAUUUCAACAACAAAUAUGUCUGAAACGGCCCUCGAUACAGGCUCCAGUACGGAUAAAACGAUCAAAGAGAUGAAAUCGGAUGCACAAUCAAACAACAAUAAUCAGGUUUCUACCAAUAAUGUUGCUAAUGAUUCCAAAGCUCAAGUGACAAAUGAUGCUAAGAAAGACAACGAAAGUACCAAUACUCCGGGACGUAAACGUAAACGACUCAGUGAGGUAACCGAUUCAUCAUUGGUUUUGGAAACACCACCCGGUGUUGAUAGCAAUCGUCGGCAAACACGUUCACAAACACGUGGAACACCUGCACCACCACCAGCGCCGGUUCAAACAUCGGUUAAAAAAGCUGCAUUGGCUAAUAGUAAUGGUAGUAGUGCUAAUAAAGGUCGUCGUGGUCGGCCACCAAAGAGUGCCACUUCAUCAAGUGAUUCGGAAGAACCGAUUAAAAUGGAAACAACAACAACAACUGCAGCUGUUGAUGAAAAGAUGAAAGAGGAAGGGAAAUCCGAACAAAAGGAUGCUGAAACCAAACCUGUUGUCACUGAUUCCGCCGAGGCUACUGCUUCUACUAAAACUGAAGGCAACAAAAAUACGAUAUCUGAGAGUCCUGCUGCUAAAGAAAUUAAAAAAUCCGAAGAUGAAGUUAAAAAACAGCCAUCAACAGAAAAAUCUAAACAGCCAGCUUCGAAACCUGCAUCGGUAGCCAUUUCAAAUACGGAUAAACAAACAGAAUCAUCAUCUGAAAAUAAAACAAUCACAACCAAUAAAACCACAACGGUUAAUGAGGUUGUCAAUAAUUCUACAACAUCAUCGACAACAACAGCAACAAACAAACCAGAAUCGGCCACUACUAAUAAUCAUGAAAAAUAGUCAACAAAAGCAACAACAAAAAAUAAGACAAAGAUAUAAUGAUGGUGAUGAAAAAUACCAUUUCGAAAAUCACACAUAGAAUUUCUUCAUUUAUCUCUUUCUCGCAUUUUUUUUCUCGUUUUCUAAUCUCACAUCAUAUGAUGAUUGAAAUUCAUCGACGAAUUUUGGAAGAUACAUAAUCCAUUUUUUUGUGUUUAUCUCUCUUUUUUUUGAAUACAACGAUUUGAUACCGUUUUUUUUCUAGACAUAGAUAAU